CUAACGCCGGGAGAGCCUCUGGAUUCAGUCGCAAAAUAAAACACUGAGGUUUUGGGAAGAUGACAGCCUCCAAAGAUCCCACGAAGAAGAAACCCAAAGAGGCUCUGCAAGAGGAGGAGUUUGUGGACGUCAGCCCUCCGCAGAGGAACUGGAAGGGCAUCGCCAUCUCCCUGCUGGUGAUCGUGGUCGUCUGUUCACUCAUCACCAUGUCUGUGGUCGUCCUCACACCAGCGGAGAUCCCGGGCAGCAGCAAGUCCCGACUGACUGUGGCAGAUCUGUACAAACCAGAUUUUAGCCUGCAUGACCCCGAGGCCAAGUGGAUCAGCGAUUCAGAGGUGGUGUACAGGAACAGCGACGGCCAUGUCAUCAAGUUCAACUUUGUCUUGAACGAGACAGAAGUCAUCCUGAGGAACAGCACAUUCGUGGCUUUCAAGGUGGUGAAAUACUCGCUCUCCCCCGACCUGAAGUAUGCCCUGUUCGCUUACGAUGUCAAACAGAUGUACAGAUAUUCCUACACCGCGUCGUACAUCGUUUACAACAUCUACACAAGGGAAGUAUGGGAGCUAAACCCUCCUGAGGUUCACAAUGCAGUGCUACAGCACGCAGCCUGGGGAAGACAAGGACAACAGCUGAUCUACAUCUUUGAGAACAACAUCUACUACCAGUCGGACGUGAAGAGCAACUCGCUGAGAGUCACCUCCUCCGGGCUGGAGGGUGUCAUCUUCAACGGGCUGGCUGACUGGUUAUAUGAAGAGGAGAUCCUGCGCUCCCACCUGGCUCACUGGUGGUCGCCCGAUGGAGAGAGACUGGCUUUCCUCACCAUCAACGACACCCUGGUGCCCAACAUGGCCCUGCCCCAGUUCACAGGCAGCACCUACCCCCGCGGCCUGCAGUACCCGUACCCCAUGGCCGGCCAGACUAACCCUGCAGUCAAGCUGUCGGUGGUCAACCUGUUUGGAGCAACACACACUCAAGACCUGCUGCCUCCUGAACAGCUCAAGCACAGGGAUUUCUAUGUCAUCAUGGUGAAGUGGAUCAGUGACACUCACCUGGCCGUGCGCUGGCUCAACCGGCCGCAGAACGCCUCGCUGCUGACGGUGUGUGACGCCACCACCGGAGCCUGCCUGCAGAGGCACGAGGAAACGUCAGAAACAUGGCUCUCCAACCAGAGACAAGAGCCGCUGUUCUCCAAGGACAGGAGCAGGUUUUUCCUGACCCUGCCGGUGAAACAAGGAGGUCAGGGAGAUUUCCACCACAUCACAAUGUUCACCAAAAAGCUGCGCAGCGAGCAGAGCGAGGUUCGUCACCUGACCUCGGGCGACUGGGAGGUGACCAAAAUCGCUGCGUAUGACGAAAACAACCAAGUCAUAUACUUUCUGGGGACAGAGGACUCUCCACAACAGAGACAUUUGUACAGCGUGUCGACUCUCGGCCUGUUUCCACGUCGAUGCCUGACCUGUGCUCUGAAGGACGAGUGCACGUUCUUUGACGCCGAUGUCAGCCCCAGCACAGAGCACGCCAUCCUGCAGUGUAAAGGUCCUGGAGUUCCAUCUGUCCUUCUGCUAAGUUUGGAUGACGUGAACUCAUAUUUCAUCUUGGAGGACAACGUGCCCCUGCGCUCCGUGCUGGAAACCAAAAGGACCGUUAAGACAGAAACCAGGAUUAUCAAUAAUGACAACUUUGAGCUGCCUCUGAAGCUCGUCUAUCCUACUGACUUCUCGGAGCUCUACCUCUAUGGGCUCCUCCUCGUUGUCGGCAGCUCUCCAGGCGGUCAGGCGGUGACGGACGAGUUCAGGCUGAGCUGGGACUGGGUGCUGGUGGGGUCGGAGCAGGUCAUCGUGGCCCAACUCGACGGCAGAGGCUCGGGGUUCAGAGGUCAAAGGGUUUCAGAGCAGAUCCAUCACCGACUCGGCACAGUGGACGUCGAGGACCAGAUAGCGGCUCUGGAAUACCUGGUGAAGCUGCCGUAUAUUGAUCGUACGCGCAUAGGAGUCUUCGGAGAGGACUAUGGCGGCUACAUCACACUGAUGAUGCUGAAGGCGACGGAGAAGCUGAUCAGAUGCGCGGCCGCCCAGGCUCCCGUCAUCGACUGGACCAUGUAUGCCUCGGCGUUCUCGGAGAGAUACUUUGGCUCGCCUUCGACGGAGGAGAGCAGAUACCAAGCGUCCAAAGUCCUGCCCAACAUGAAAGGGCUGCCCGGAGGGACUCUGUUUCUGGCUCAUGGAACCGCUGACGCAAACGUUCAUUUUCAGCAUUCAGCAGAGCUCAUCAAACACUUGAUAAAGAUCGGAGCCAAUUAUACUAUGCAGAUCUACCCCGACGAGGGACACUUCCUGUCGAGACGCAGCCAGCUUCAGCUGACUCACUCCCUAAUUGGCUAUUUCAGAGGAUGUCUGCUUGACUCAUCAUCAUUACUCGACCAGCUACGAGACGACGAGUGAGAAGGAGUGCAAUUAUCACAAGGCCAAGUGUGUGUGAGUGAGUGUGUGUUUGUAAGCAUAGUUUUCCCUCAUAGACUGAUUUUGAGAGUAUGUGUGUGUGCGCGUGUGCGUGUGUGUGUGUGUGUUCUUGUUUUAUACCUGUAGCACAACAUUUGAUGGACGAACAAGCUUCUUGGUAACAUAUCAGAAUAGUUUCGCUCGUCACCUCUGCAGAUUGUGUGAAGCUCUUGCAGUCAUAUCAUGAAGCCGUUGAAAACUCAAGGGUCACCUCUAGGGGGCGUUAGCUAGCAAACAGUCCAGUAGAUGCCUGUCGCAGUGUUGGAGGAGUCAUUAUCAGUGUUUAUGAGGAAAAUGCAAUCAUACUGACUGGAGAAGUAACAGCCAAGGGAGUGUAAUGUUAUCAUUUUUACCUUCCUGGCCAAAUGGAAAAUGCCUCAAUUCUGUGUUCAAAUUCUACUCAGAAAGGGAGGGAGGGUCAAGGAGGUGAUAAUAGGUUACACCGUGUCCUUUUGUUGCCACUGGCAACUGCUUUCUUGACAUGCUCGGACUGGCCUACAUCAACACAGUCUCAAAAAUUUUGCAAGGUGAGCACUAACCCUGAAUGCUGAUAUUGUGUUGUGCACAGGAAUAAUGUGAAGACAGCGUUCCUGUAUCUGGCACUGGAUUAUGUAAAAAAUACUGUAGAAACUGGUAAAUAAGAUGCACCUUUAAUACAGAGUGUGUCUCAUUAACCAGUGCAUCCUGUAAACCAGUAAAAUGCAGAGUGGUUGAUUCUGGAUAUGACUUUAUAUAAAGGUCUAUGGGUUGGAUCUAAUGUGGCAACAGCAGAUGGCGCUAUAGGCUAGAGUGUGCGAGAGUCUUCACGCCACAGUGCAUGCAGGAGCCUAUCACCACACAGCUAUCAUGGCUGAUGUCAGUCAGCUGUAGGCCAUAGCUAGCCUUCAGUUGUAAACUCAGCAUGGCGAAAACUGAGAAAAUUAUAAGAAAGAGCUAUACAGCUGCACAAAACUACCAAUGCAAAUGCAAAUUGCCAGUCAGGAAGACAGUUUAAUGGCAGUGAGAAGCUGGUUUGUGACUGGUGGCAAGGCAAACCUCACCCUGAGAGGAAGAGAGAGAGAGAUCCACUCACUGAGACACACUACACAGCGGGCACAUCUCUCUCUCGCUUCCUCGCAAUGAACUUUUUUUGGUCCUGCACUUGUAAGUUUAGAUGUGCACACUUCUGCUCUCUUCUAAAGCUCAGCUUGAGGCCAUGGCAAAGCAAAAAGAAGCAGGUAGAGGGAGAAACCGUUUGUGGCUAAGGGUGUUUAUAAAUGCAUUAAAAUGAACCAGUCUUAAAUGGGAAACCUUUUUUUGCAGGCAGGAGUCAGACAAAAAAUACACUGCAUCUUAUAUACCGGUGCAAUUUUUUAUUGGGUUUUACAGUACACAAAUUGGGCAGAUUAUGUCAUCUUUUGGUCAUGAGACUGAUGAUUAAAUAGAAACAAAUUGGUUUAGGACAAUUUGUUUCUAGUCAUUUAAAAGCUUGGGAUUUUAUUGUAAACACUCAAUGCCCAAACAACAAGUCUUAUAUUCCAUUUAUUUGAGGCAGCACAGCAUGUCAUACAGCAUAGCCACAGUAGAAUCAUAUCACGCUUUUCCAGUGAAGCAUCAUCUGUGCAUUUUUUUUUCAAUCAACACUAAAAUGGGUGAACUAUUCCUUUAGGGUUGGUGUAACAGAUUCUCACCUUCUUGUUUCCAAGGUAUUUGCAUUUCCACUUAGCCCCCUCAUGGUGAGGAAACAGAAUUUCUCUCACUUUUUUCAGCAUGUUAUUUGCAUUGUAAGACUUGCUUAUUUGGUGAAAUGGCUGCUUAUAUUAUCUGUAUUUGCAAAUGCAGUCAGCCUGCAGUGUUACAGAUCCCAGUGAGAUAAUGUGCUGAUUGGCUGAAGCCAUAGAGAACGCUAUCCAUCCCGUCUAUCCUGUUUAUAACUAACCAGGCUCCCAUUUUGAACAUUCAGAGUUUUUGUCCCUGUGCGAUUGAAACCAAUCCGCCCGUUAGUAUUUGAUGGCAGCGCUCAAUGGGCUGUGAAACCAUUACUGACAAAACUGCAUGCAAGUCAGUGAAUAUACUGCCACAGCUAUUGUAAUGCUAAGAAUAAGUAAUACACUUGAUUUAAAGGAAUGCGUAUGUGAUUUUGAGAGUGCCGGUUUCACACCCCAUUUACUCGCAUUGUCAUUGUGAACAAAUGUUAACGUUUCUCAGGAACAGAAAACUCCCGCUUUUCAGAGGCCAAACUCCUGAUCACUAACUGAGAUGCCUGAACCUUAAAUUGAAACAGGACAGCCUGAUCCUGUAAUGGUUUUUAAAGUCUAAAAAAAAAAAAAAAAUUUAACUUGGAUUGGAUUUCAUAUAACCGCAUAAAUAUGGUUGCAGUUUGUAGUGUUGAGCAGCCCUGAGAUUACAAAAAAAA